CGGUCGUCGUGUGCAUCAGCAAGAUAAAGGAAUGCAUUUUUCAUACCGAUGUUACAGAAAUGGUCCAACCACCACUUGAUGGAUCUGGAUCUUAGUGUGGUCGAGGAAAUUGUCGUGAUCAUCGGUUGACUUUUUAUAGAGACGCCCGUGCAAUCUGAACACUAUGGAACUUCUAAAAUAAGCCUCCUGAUCAAAUCGAUCCCUGUGGUCCUUGAAAGAAAGCAACAAAAAGAUGCGUUCCGCAGAGCUGAAACCAUGAUCACCACUUACUCUGUGCUCGUCCCGGCGAUCCCUUGGCUCUCGCAAAAAUGAGCAAGAAAUCAGUAGCUACUAGAAGUCGGACGAAUUGCUGGAACAUCUGUCCACCCGCAUAUCAUGUUUCCAGGCACCCCACUGACCUAGAACAACUAGAUCUUUCCCCGUCUAGCAUUAUUCGACCACGCCCGGGUCAUUAUAGUAAAACGUUCUGAGAUUCGAGUGAAGUUGUCUUUUGCACCACCACCAAUUGCUGCUACAACAGAAAUUACGACCACUCGCAUAUUACUUCAACCUCGACGUAAAAAAUUCUUGAGUUUUUACGUGUGAAGAACUGACCAGAGUCCCCCGGUCAAGGCACCCUUUGGAAGCAAAAAUACCCCCGUUAUUUUGAGGAAAUCAUGGACCCCGCACCGCACCAGCAGGCCAACCUCGGGAGCCACAACGCCCCGGCGGAGUGGGAGGAAAAAUUCAAAGACGGGGUUUUCGCCGUUUUCCGAAAAUGGACGGUCGUGCAGCUCAUCGUCGACCAAGAGUGGUGCGGGAGGCACAGUAGGAGUCGGGUAAACCAGUUGUUGGACGAGUUGUUCGCGGUGCUGCUGGACCGGAGAAGGCCGCCGUUAACGCUGAAAAAGCCGGACGACUCCGAUGUGGACAAAUUAGCGGAGUUUUUACGUGUGAAGAUGUACGCGUUCUGCGACACGGAGUUGGAGGAUGACAGUAUUUUUACCUUGGUUAUGUAGUAACAGUAAGUGUUUCAGGCGUCGAAGGUUUCUGUUGAAAACUGGUGCAUGUGCUGCACCUGCAUCUGCAUGGAGUUCCGUGCAUGAGGAUGUGAUCACAGAUUAUUGGGUUCUUUGGGAUUCGACGCAGCAAAGGCAAACGUCGAGAAGUUAUCACAUCGAAAUGGAAUUGCGCGACGCAAAAAACUUACCUUUCACUCAACACACACCUACAGGCGACCUCGUAAUAGCGACGAAGUGUAUUCAGCUCCUCGAUACGUGCCGAGCGAAGGACUACAGCCUCGCCGACCGAGAAAUCGCCCUGCAGGCACAAGCCGUGGCACAAGUCAACGCUUGCAAGUUCCAGGAUGGAACAAUGUAAGACUGAUGAUUCACUGUUUUCAAUUUGCAAUGUCAAUAAACAGACAUGGCUUCACAGCCUGCCCCGAUGAAUACUGCGUUUUUUACCACUCUGUACAUACUUGUCACGAUCGUUUGUUCUCAAAAAAAACAAUCUCAGGUAUGCAGACGAGCAUGGCAACGUGAUAUCAGCAUCUGGCGCUCCUGCUGGACCCUCUCCGGCCUCCUGCGGCACUGGUGCGCCCGCAAAUAUUGCAGAGCAGGGGAGCUUCCUGAACACAACCGCAGGAAGUGGUUUGAACCACCUGUCCUCGAUCCAAAAUUGCGGCUCGAAUCCGCAAGACGACAACGAUAUGGACGUGGACAUGGACGAUGAGGGAGACAGUGAGGAAGACGUUCCGAACCUGCAGGUACAACACCCGGAAAUAUCCGCAUCGGAGAUUUUCGACCGACCAGUGGGACAGUUUGACAUGUCAUUGGGGAAGGGGCCCGUGGCCGGGAUGUCGGGCAGUGGGUUUGGUGUGGCAAAUCACCAGCAAAUGCCGACGAUCGAUGAGGACGGCUUUGAAACGGUGCAGAGAAGGAGGAGAUGAAUACAUGAUACAACUUCCGCAUGAAUAAAUUUAUGACGAUGAAGAUCAUCGAACGACUUUUCUUUGACUCUGCUGAUGCAGUAAGCGCGACAUCGAAGAAGUAUGUGCACUACCUUGAAGAUAUCAAAAUACAAAAAUGAAAACGAAGACGUUGCUUAUCUUCCUGCACCUGCUGCAGGAAGAAUGUGAAUUUCGU